AUGCUUUCAGUUCGCACAAACAUGGCUGCGGCCCUGCGAACUGCGGGCGCCCUGCUCCGCGAUCGGCUGGUGCCGGGCAGCGCGGCCCAUCAGCCAUGGAGGUGCAAGUCAGAUGCAGCAGCGGCCGCCGAAACAGCCCAACGUGCCAGAAGUGCAGAACCUCAAGUCCACCUGGAGAAGAGGAAGCCAAAAACUGGAAUAUUAAUGAUGAAUAUGGGAGGCCCUGAAACCCUGGGAGAAGUUCACGACUUCCUUCUGAGGCUCUUCUUGGACCGAGACCUCAUGACACUUCCUGUUCAAAAUAAACUGGCACCAUUCAUCGCCAAACGUCGAACCCCCAGAAUUCAAGAGCAGUACCGCAGGAUUGGAGGUGGGUCCCCAAUCAAGAUGUGGACUUCCAAGCAAGGAGAAGGCAUGGUGAAGCUGCUGGAUGAGCUGUCCCCCGACACAGCUCCUCACAAAUACUAUAUUGGAUUCCGGUAUGUCCAUCCUUUGACAGAAGAAGCAAUUGAAGAGAUGGAGGGAGACGGCGUGGAGAGGGCCAUUGCUUUCACGCAGUACCCACAGUACAGCUGCUCCACCACGGGCAGCAGCUUAAAUGCCAUUUACAGAUACUAUAAUGAAGUGGGACGAAAGCCUAGGAUGAAGUGGAGCACUAUUGACAGGUGGCCCACACAUCCACUCCUCAUCCAGUGCUUUGCAGACCACAUUCUGAAAGAACUGGACCAUUUUCCACUUGAGAAGAGAAGCGAGGUGGUCAUUCUGUUUUCUGCUCACUCACUGCCAAUGUCUGUGGUUAACAGAGGGGACCCCUAUCCUCAGGAGGUAGGUGCCACUGUCCAAAAAGUCAUGGAAAGGCUGAGUUACUCCAACCCUUACCGACUGGUUUGGCAGUCCAAGGUUGGUCCAAUGUCCUGGUUGGGUCCUCAAACAGAUGAGGCUAUCAAAGGGCUUUGUCAGAGGGGGAGGAAGAAUAUCCUUUUGGUACCAAUAGCAUUUACCAGUGAUCACAUUGAAACGCUGUAUGAACUGGAUAUCGAGUACUCUCAAGUUUUAGCCAAUGAGUGUGGAGUUGAAAACAUCAGAAGAGCAGAGUCUCUUAAUGGAAAUCCAUUGUUCUCUAAGGCCCUGGCUGACUUGGUGUCCUCGCAUAUCCAGUCUAAUGAGCUGUGCUCCACACAGUUGACGCUGAGCUGUCCGCUCUGCGUAAACCCUGUCUGCAGGAAGACUAAAUCCUUUUUCACCAGCCAGCAGCUGUGACCUCCGCCUGAAGACCACAUGGGAUUAGGCAAAUGCCCAACUUUCAGAUACCCCCAAUGGGGAGGGGGACAUUAGAGAUCAAGGAGCAAAGCCACAUUAGUACAAGUGCCAGCCUUUAGGCACAAAUUUCAUGAUUUCUUGAGGAGCUGACUCUGAAAUCCUUAUUGAGGGAUUUCUAUUUUUAUAUACCUGUACAGUAAGCAUUUAUAUUCCCUCUGUCUGGGUGAAGUUACUAGUUUGGAAUGUCCAUGAGGACAUUAAAAAAAUGAGCUUUAAAAAUUUAUUUUAUGAGAUGCACAUCUAUUUUAAAUACAGCUUUUGGUUUUAUUGCCCAAAAAACCUCCUGAAAGGGUAUGGAGUGUCCCCUGUGUGUGCUGUCACUGUGAAUGAGAUCUGUUUACAGUUCCAUGCAUAUAGUUGUAGUUCUUUAAAUGAACAUAGUUGGGUAUAUGAAAUGUAAUUUGAAAGAGAAACGUUACCUGGUCUUUCCCCAAGCCUGUGGGUUGCAGAAUGGCAGUGAGGUAGUUUGGUUACCUACAAUGUCUGCUUUGCCAGUGAGGCCACCAUCAAUUGUCGUUUUGGCAUUUGUGCAUGGGUCUCACUUUCCUCACCAUAAAACUGAAUCAAGUACAGAUUUCAGAAGUGCUCUGAGAUUCCCCAGGCACACAAGGCUAAUAAACUUGUAGAAAGCCAGCGUUAGUUAUCCAUGCCUUGGUAGGAGUCAGUGGUGCCACAGGGAAGGGGUUCCCGCUGCUUUCUGUCUCCAAGGACAGCGCUGCUGGGAAGUGCUAAUGACGAGCAUUGUCUUUAAAUCUCCUCCCGGACCCUAGCAAGCCUUCCCGGCCAGGGCCAGCAUCAUCUUUAUCUUAGCUGAUGUCUCCUUUCUGCACAUUUAACAAUUAUUUUAUAAAGCCAACUACAUUUUGUAACCUUGAAUUCUUUGUUACUUACAAUUUUUUAUUAUAAAAAUUAUAUAGCCAUACAAGAGGACAUUAGGAAAAAACAAAAAGGAAAAACAACCACUCUAAUGCAACAAAUGCUCUCAUAUUAUCUUAUUUUAUGCCAGUCUUUUCCUGUGGAUAUAUUUAAUGCCAUUGCCACCUUGAAUUUGUGAGUGAAAUGUUGUUCUAAAAAUGUAGAAAUAAUGUUGGAUUAGAAUCUGAUCUUCUAUAUUUGAAUUUAAAUGGAUUAAAAGAUCUCUGAUGGAUCCAUGAA